CUAAAAUGGAAUAUAUAUAUCAACAAAUAGCUCACGUGACCGUCUGGUCCCUAGUAUGUUUGAAUCUGUGUCAGAGCUUCGACAUCAACGACCCUAAAACGAAUUUGGAAUCCUUCGUUCGAGUUUCCGGUUCCCUGUCUUCAGGGAACAGUACUGUCAGCUACAUCAAUGGAACCGUCUACUACCGACUUCCAGGGGAACACGCAAAGAAGAUAUUUAACUUUGAGGGUUAUAACAUAAACCGUAAGAUAGCUGAGAAGGAAGGGAAUUACUUAUCCCUAUCAGUGGAGUUGGUUGUCUAUCGAGACCCGGUGACGUCAGAGAUACUGACAGUCUGGGUAAACCCAAUUACAUCUAAUCCCAAUGAAGUGUUUGUCGUACAAAAUGACCCAGUAAACGGCGUUCUUGUUCUCGGUGACAUCCUCAAUACUGUCCGUGCAGCCUCAGAUCAGGUCGCGUUUGAACUAAACAUUGACCUUUCUUAUCCAAAUGUACUGGACACGUUAAAGUAUCCAAAGUUUUCAGCUGGAGAUACGUACAAUGGUACAGAACUGGCCACUUACUUCACCAACUACACGACUCUGGCCACCACCCAUUUAGAUAGCGUGCCGUGUUUCGGUACGUGGCAGAGGAGUAGUCAGUUCCUCCCCUGGAUGGAGAUGGGAGAAACACCAGGUCGUCUAAUAUACAACACCUUCUUCUGGAAAUGUUCCCGCGGAUUGGCUUGUAUAGCUGAGGACAUACUGACGCUGGUACAUUCAAGAGGACUCCUGAAGUUCCUUGAUGCACCAGUUUGGUAUGAAGUACCAAAUGAAACCACGUGGUCGGUCUUUAAGAGUGUAAUUGACUCUCGGCGUGCUGCAAACAUGUCGGACAUCAUUAUACCAAUGGUAAAUUCAAGCGUACAUCCAACCGUAAAUCUGCCAGAAGUUGAUUCAAAAAUUGUUUCUUUGCUUGAACGCCAGGACCAGAUUCCAUUCCGAUUUAACGGCUCCGUUUUGACCUCAAUUAAUGGUAAACAGAAUAACCUGUAUCGGUUAGAAGGUAACGGGACGGCUGUAGUGGCAUUCAACGUGUCUGCGUCUCAACAGGAACCUUUCAUGACGCUAAAAUAUAAAUAUUCGGGAUAUUAUCGAAGUGCAUCUUCCGGUGACGUCAUAGAAACAUGGACCAACCCAUUGACAAACAAAACUAUUCACCUGCCAGACGUUUGUGGUUCCGAGCUAAUUUCCUUCGACAGAAAUGACGUAUACACAAAUGAUAUUGGUGACAUCGACGCCACUGGUUUGAUUGGUGUUAGUUCCGCUACUGAAGGUCAAAAGUCACCGGAAGUUGAGAUCUGGAGUGUGAACAUGCCCGUAUUUGUAUUUCCGCGCCAGGUUGCCGAUGUUCCUAUGUUUUAUGGUACGUGGACGACUUUAUCCAACUUCCCUGUCUGGAUGGGAAUGGGAAAGACAGACGGAUUUCUUAAAACCAAGUUGAUUGUAUCCUUAGAAACAGGCGAAUAAAUCCAAUACUUGUAUCUUAAAAAAGUCUCUAACUUAUUUAUAAAAGCCUUAGGCUUAUUUCCGAUAAAACGUUAUGUUUA